AUGGUGCUAUCGGUACGGACAUUGCCGUCGAUCAGCUUGGCAGAAGAGGAUCCCAAUGCCCCUGUCUAUUUGUAUUUCCUAAGAUUCUUCCUAGGUGUUGUGAUAAUUCUGAGCUGUCGCGUGGUUUUGAAGUUCAUCGCCAAACUGCUGAUCAAAGGCCUGUACACCGUGCUCGACCUUAAGCACUAUUCGUACUCAGAAAUGUGCCGUGAUCUAGGCGAUUUGCAGCCGACGAAGAGAUAUACGAAUAGGAUGAGAUUCAAACCGAUUCCAGGAGCUAAG